CGACACAAUUUUUCUUCAUCGUUUAGCGAGCAGCUCGCUAGCUAGCUCAUACUUUGUUGUCCUUUCGAUCAUGUCGGCCUCAAAGAAAGGCAAGAAAGUCGUGAACCAAGAUGAACUACGGCGUUUGAUGAGAGCAAAACAAAGACAAACGACAGAAAAGAAGCGCGUCGAGUCUCCGUUCGCUAAAUACAACAGUGUGGGUCAGCUCAGUUGUGUGCUGUGCAGUGUGCAGGUGAAGUCCGAGCUGCUGUGGCCGGCUCAUGUUCUUGGAAAACAGCAUAAAGAGAAGGUUGCUGAGCUGAAGGGAGCUAAGAGUCAACCAGCGACUCCACAGAACCAGCCAGUGAAAAGGAAAGCACCGGACAGCGAGGACGUUAAAGGGAAAAAGUCGAAACCACCGACGGCUGAGGCUCAGUCUGCGUCAGAGCUGCCAGGAGAUUUCUUCGAGAAACCCAGUGAAAAGGCAGCUGUUUCUACUCACAAGUCUGCAGGUUUGAGUCUUCUGGCUGGAGUAUAUGAUGAGGACGAGGAUGAUGAUGCAGAUGCUGAAGAGGCAGGUCAGCCAGGAACCUCAAACGCACCCCCUAAAAAAGCAGAAGCUGCAGGACUGCCAGACGAUUUCUUUGACAGCUCCAUCCCAUCCACACCCGCUAUCUCUCACUCUGGAUCCGUGCUCAAGGCAGAAGUGCCGGAGAAGAGCGUGGAAAUAAAGGAAAACACAGCCGAGGCUCUGCCUGAGGGCUUCUUCGACGACCCGGUGAGAGAUGCCAAAGUGCGCAACGUUGACGCACCCAAAGAUCAAAUGGACAAGGAGUGGGACGAGUUUCAGAAAGAGAUAAGACAGGUGAACACCAAGUCCGAUGCUAUCGUGGCUGAGGACGACGAGGAGGGACGCUUUGAACGUCAGAUCGACGAAAUCGAUGAACAGAUUGCGUGUUACAAGAGGGUUGAGCUGCUGAGAGACAAACGCGAUGCAGUGAAAAGCAAACAUGUGUCCAGCAAGGAGGAACUAAUGGAGACUGAGGGUAUGGAGGAGGAGGAGGAAGAGGAGGAUGAAGAGGAGCUGCUGGGACUUUUGUCCCGCGAUUGGAGAGCUAAAGGGGCACUGGCAUAAGAGACGUUUUUCCCCCCCAGAAUGUUGUCAAAACAUCUAAGAGAGAUAUUUUUUGUAUAAUUCAUAAGUUUGUAAAUACAUUUAGCAAAAGAACCUCAUUGCCUCAUUUUUUAAAUGUCACCCUAUUAAGAAAGUACAAUGCAAGAACAUUUAAUAAUGCGAUACAAUAAGACUUGCAAUAAAAAAAACGCCUGUUAAAA